AACCAUCUUCUACAAAGUACCAGAAAAACCCAAAACAGAAACAAUAGCGUUGAAAAGAUUUGAAAAAUAAAUAAAGGAAAGCGAAGAAAAACAAUUGCAAUGGCAACUUCGGCAGCCGAGUUUCAUUUUCUCGUCAACUCCACGAACUAUCCUUCACUUUCCCAGAAACCAAACAGAAAUAACUUGUUUUUCGGGCAGCGAGUGAAAACGCAAUGUGCAAGAGCCUUUCGGAAAGCGAAGCCCGAAGCUGGUGCCGGUGGCUUAGCGGUGGUGUGCGAGAAGGUGGUGGGGAUAGACCUGGGAACGACGAACUCGGCGGUGGCGGCAAUGGAGGGUGGAAAGCCGACGAUCGUGACGAACGUGGAGGGGCAGAGGACGACGCCGUCGGUGGUGGCCUACAAAAAGAACGGAGACAGGCUGGUGGGGCAGAUCGCUAAGAGGCAGGCGGUGGUGAACCCAGAAAACACCUUCUUCUCCGUGAAGCGGUUCAUCGGGAGGAAGAUGUCGGAGGUGGACGAGGAGGCCAAGCAGGUCUCCUACAAGGUUGUCCGCGACGAAAAUGGCAACGUCAAGCUCGAGUGCCCCGCCAUUGGCAAGCAGUUCGCGGCCGAGGAAAUCUCUGCUCAGGUAUUGAGGAAGCUGGUGGAUGAUGCAUCCAAGUUUCUGAAUGAUGAGGUAAGCAAAGCGGUGAUCACGGUGCCGGCGUACUUCAAUGAUUCUCAGAGGACGGCAACGAAAGACGCUGGUCGCAUUGCUGGGUUGGAGGUUCUACGAAUUAUUAAUGAACCAACUGCUGCUUCACUUGCUUAUGGGUUUGAGAAGAAAAAUAAUGAGACCAUUCUCGUUUUUGACCUUGGCGGUGGCACCUUUGAUGUUUCAGUACUUGAGGUUGGAGAUGGAGUGUUUGAGGUACUUUCUACCUCAGGUGACACGCAUCUUGGAGGUGAUGAUUUUGACAAGAGAAUAGUUGAUUGGCUUGCGGAAAAUUUUAAGAGGGAUGAAGGCAUAGAUCUUCUGAAGGACAAGCAAGCCCUACAACGUCUCACAGAGGCCGCUGAGAAAGCGAAGAUGGAGCUGUCAUCUUUGACUCAGACCAACAUUAGUAUACCUUUCAUUACUGCCACUGCAGACGGCCCUAAACACAUUGACACCACCCUGACAAGGGCCAAAUUUGAAGAAUUGUGUUCAGAUUUGCUAGACAGGCUACGAGCACCAGUCAAAACUGCCUUGGAAGAUGCAAAUCUUUCCUUCAAAGAUAUAGAUGAAGUAAUCCUUGUUGGUGGUUCAACUCGUAUCCCAGCUGUUCAGGAGCUUGUUAGAAAGAUGACUGGAAAAGAACCCAAUGUGACUGUAAAUCCUGAUGAAGUUGUUGCCCUUGGGGCUGCAGUUCAGGCUGGUGUUUUAGCAGGGGAAGUUAGUGACAUUGUGCUCUUGGAUGUCACGCCAUUGUCUCUAGGACUUGAAACUUUGGGUGGUGUAAUGACAAAGAUCAUCCCAAGGAACACAACUUUACCCACUUCCAAAUCCGAGGUGUUCUCCACUGCAGCAGAUGGACAGACCAGUGUUGAGGUUAAUGUUUGUCAGGGUGAGAGGGAGUUUGUGAGGGACAACAAAUCCCUUGGAAGUUUUCGCUUAGAUGGCAUCCCACCUGCCCCACGCGGAGUUCCUCAAAUUGAGGUGAAAUUUGACAUUGAUGCCAAUGGUAUCCUUUCUGUCACUGCUAUUGACAAGGGAACUGGAAAGAAGCAGGAUAUCAUCAUAACUGGUGCUAGCACCUUGCCUAGUGAUGAGGUGGAUAGGAUGGUUAAAGAAGCCGAGAAGUUUGAGAAAGAAGAUAAGGAAAAGAGGGAUGCAAUAGACACAAAGAACCAAGCUGACUCUGUUGUGUACCAAACUGAGAAGCAGCUUAAAGAGGUGGGAGACAAAGUCCCUACCCCAAUCAAACAGAAGGUGGAGGCUAAACUGAAAGAGCUCAAGGAUACAAUCUCUGGUGGAUUAACCAAAGACAUCAAAGAUGCAAUGGCUGCACUGAAUCAAGAAGUUCUGCAGCUGGGGCAGUCCCUCUAUAAUCAGCCCGGCCAACCAGGCGCUGCAACUGCAUCUGGAUCAACUGGGAAAACGGCCGACGGGGAUGUGAUCGACGCAGAUUUCACUGAUAGCAAAUAACUCGUAUAAUCUGCUGGUUUGAUGGUGGUAGGUGUAAUUUUGACCAUGCAUACUUGUAUAUUUUCUGUGUUAUUUUGUACAGGCUAUAUUGGCUAUGAUUUUGCUAGGUAUGAUGUGUACAUUGUGACUCAUGGUAGCCCCCAGUUCUGUGCCGAUGAUCAAUGUGAUUGAGAGAAUGGGUAGCUGUCGACGGCAUAAAACUUGGCAGGAGGUUUGGUCUCUUCUAUAACAAGCGAAUAUCAAUAGGAUUUCUGUUUUCAAACAUCUCACAAGAUGGUUCAUAUUUGUGAAAAUUUGUCUAGAAAACAAUCAGUGUAAUAUAUUAGAGAUCCCAUUACAUCUA